AUCUGCAGGUAACUAGCGUUACAGGGCUGUAUGAGUUCUGUUGACCACGCUCUGCUAUUUUCUGGGAAAAUACUCUUAGAGAUAUCUUAAAUUAUGUCGGUCCUGUGUUACAAUAAGGGAUGUGGGCAACGGUUUGAUCCAGAAAAUAAUCUUGAUGAUGCUUGUACAUUUCAUCCCGGAGUGCCAGUUUUCCACGACGCACUGAAGGGUUGGUCUUGCUGCAAAAGACGAACAACUGACUUCUCAGAUUUCCUUAGCAUUCCUGGUUGCACAAAAGGGCCUCAUAAUCAAGAAAAGCCCCCAGAACCGGUAAAGCCAGAGGUCAAGUCGUCUGGAGACAAGAAAGAUGCAGAUGAUCUUAAACCAAAGUUCAAUGAGUACAUCAUCCAAGCACCAAAACCUCUUGAAUCAGUUCAGCGACCAAGUGCAGAUGAACCAUUCUCCAGACUACAGCUGAAGGUUGCACCCUCCCUCAAGCAGGCUUUAGAAAAACUGAAACUAGCUGAGGAAAGUGCAGUUGAGAAGAAAGAGGAUGAUGGAGAUGAAAUUAAAAUUGGAACGUCUUGCAAAAAUGGAGGCUGCAGUAAGACAUUCAGUGGACCAGAAAGCAAUGAGGAAGUCUGUAUGUACCAUGCCGGAGUUCCCAUUUUCCAUGAAGGGAUGAAGUACUGGAGCUGCUGUAAGAGGAAGACCUCAGACUUCAACACUUUCCUGUCCCAAGAGGGCUGCACCAGGGGAAGCCAUCUAUGGCGGAAGAAAGAUACUGGGAAGAAGGUCGUACCAUGCCGAUUUGACUGGCACCAGACAGGAAGCCAAGUCACUAUAUCCAUCUAUGCCAAGAACUCCGUUCCAGAGUUGAGCUAUGUGGAAGGGAACAGCACUUUGCUCAAUAUCCACAUUAUUUUUGAAGGGGAAAAGGAAUUUGACCAAAAUAUCAGCUUAUGGGGAGUCGUCGACCAGAGCAAAAGUAUCGUGAACAUGUUAGCAACGAAGAUCGAAAUCGUGAUGAAGAAAGCUGAACCGAUGACUUGGGCACGUCUCGACCUUCCACCUGCGGCCACUCAGCCCAAAGAGACAGAAAAGGAUAAAGAGAUCGAUAGCGACGACGAAUGCGGUGAUUAGACCUGGAUAGAAAAGGUCAUGUUUACUGCAACACUGGGGGGAAAAAAAAAAGAAAAAGCCUUCACUUUUGAUCCAGUGUUUGAUUUUGGGAUUUCUGUAGUCCCACUCUGCAACGAUUUUCACCUCUGAAUCGAACAGGAUUUGUCUUUAUAUUAAAAGUAUGACAGCAUUUCUUCUUUCUUUAAAAAAGGGACAUGGUUCUGUUUAUGAUCACACUGCAAGUUGAACUUUUAAAUGCCAUUCCACUGCUUUGUACAAAGUUUGUUUUGUAAUUUAGUGUCAUACGGAGCUGUAGCCGUUUAUCAUGUUAACACUUUUUUUUUUGCCACAUUAUGACCGAGUUGCUCACCCCCCCCCCCUUCAUCAAAUUUGAUUUUGGUAUACUAUGAAAGUACUGUAUUGUCUGAGGAUUCUCAGUCGUCCAGGUCUUGGUUAUCCAAGAAGGGUUGAAUCGAGAACUGAGGAAGCCCCUUGGAUGAGAGGUGAAGAGUCUUCAGGCAUCUACAAGCAACUCCAGUUGCCCUCAAUUCAGCCCUUCUUGGGGAGUACUGUAUUGUUUUAACUUUUAAUUCUGUCUCAUUCUUGCUGUCCUGUAGAGGCUAU